AUGGCUACACUGCAAGAGCGUAUCCAACCAGCCUUGGACGUCAGAGACGCCUCUCUUGAACCGACAGCCAUUCUCUCGAAGUCAAAGCGACUGCCCCUAAAUGUCAUCUCCAUCCCGAGAGCAUGUGGUCUUCUCUCAAAGUUGGAGCUUGAUUUGACAGAAAGCUACGACGCCACCGCCUUACUUCAGAAGUUGGCUUUAGGAGAAGUCAGCUCAGUGACUCUUUUGACGGCGUUCAGAAAGAGGGCAACCAUUGCCCAACAAUGCACGAACUGCCUGACGGAACUAAUACCCGAAGCCCUGAACGAUGCCAGAGCCUGUGACGACUACUUCAGCAAGACAGGCAAGCUCAUCGGGCCUUUGCAUGGCCUUCCCGUUUCUGUGAAGGAACAAAUUGCGGUCCGGGGUCUACGCACCAACGCGGGCUUCGUUGCCUGGGUGAACAAUGUCGUCGAUGAGGACUCCGACAUUGUUAGGAGCUUGAAAAAGCUCGGAGCCGUUGUAUUCGCCCGCACGAAUCAGCCGCAGUCACUGAUGCAUCUUGAAACGUCCAACAACAUCUAUGGUGCCACUGUCCACCCUGAGAAUCGGAACCUCACCGCAGGCGGCAGCACGGGGGGAGAGGCGGCCUUGAUGGCUAUGGGAGGCACUCCACUCGGUAUCGGCGGCGACAUUGGCGGCUCGAUCCGGGUUCCGGCGGCUUAUAACGGCAUCUAUGGCUUUCUUCCUACUCCCGGAAGGAUCAGUGGAGAAGGAGUCGUCAUCCCUACGCCGGGAUCAGACGCAAUCUCAGGCACGCUGGGCCCCUUUGCCAGAUCUCUACGUGAUAUCGAGCUGUUCUGCACAGCUUACUCGUCCGCUUUUCCGUGGGUGGAAGAUCGAUCUCUCAUUCCCGGCGACAUCCUGAGCCCGAGUCUUGGUAGACAGCUCAGCCAAGACCGACGUCUUCGCGUUGGCUUCAUGUUCGACAACGGCGUCGUCUCGCCGCUUCCGCCUGUCCAUCGUGUUCUGAGUAGUGUGAGCCAGCGUCUCAUGAACAGCGCAGACAUUGAGCUCGUACCAUUCGUACCAUGGGACCACGCCAAGGCAUGGUCCAUCAUAGCGGCCAAUUAUUUCGAAGACACCGGCGAGGACAUCCGCAAGAAAUGUGCAGAAGGUGACGAGCCCCUCGAACCAUUGACUGAAUGGAUUCUUGAGCAAUGCGAACACAGCACGCUUGCCGUUGGGAAGACCCUGCAAGAACGCAAAGCCGCGAGAGACGCCUAUCGAAGGGCCUACGCAACCCACUGGAAUAAGUCUGGUAUCGAUGUUUUGGUGUCCCCAGUCACUCCUGGAACGGCACCGCCACUUGGGACGAGCAAGUACUGGGCCUACACUGCGGUAUGGAAUCUGCUUUCAUACCCCGCCAUCGCCAUACCUGCGAGCAAGCUUGUAGGCGAGGCAAACCACGCCAAAGACUUGGAAGCAGAGACAUAUGUCCCCAAAAACGACAUCGAGACACAUCUAUUGAAAGGCUAUUCCGCUGAAACGUCGGCGGGUAUGCCUGUUGGAGUUCAGGUGGUGGCUCCGAGGCUGCAUGAGAGCAUGUUGAUUAAGGCUUCUUACAUCAUCGAGGAGGCUUUGAAGGCCAGCGAAUUGUCUGAAAUCUUGAAGAGCAAGAUGUGA